CAUUUUUACUUCCGCUUCCGGUUCCCAGCGUCAACAGCGGCCGGAGUUCUGCGCUGGGGCGAGGAGCUAGUGGCGUCGGCAGGUUCCAGGCGAUUCUAGCUCCAGCUAGGAUGAUCGAGGUUGUUUGCAACGACCGUCUGGGGAAGAAGGUCCGCGUUAAAUGCAACACGGAUGAUACCAUCGGGGACCUUAAGAAGUUGAUUGCAGCCCAAACUGGCACCCGUUGGAACAAGAUUGUCCUGAAGAAGUGGUACACGAUUUUUAAGGACCACGUGUCUCUGGGGGACUAUGAAAUCCACGAUGGGAUGAACCUGGAGCUUUAUUACCAAUAGAUGAGAAUCCUCAUCUUCCUGCUUCCCCGCUCUCCUCUCCCAUCCUCAUCCCCCACACUGGGAUAGAUGCUUGUUUGUAAAAACUCAAUAAAGACUUAGAUGUUGCUUU